AUGGAAUAUGUGACUCAAAAAGGGUUUUAUCCCUUUGAGUACACAGAUAGUUUGGAAAAAUUGGAUGAGCCGUCACUACCACCCAAAGAAGGAUUUUAUAAUAGGUUGUUAGAGGCGCAUAUUAAAGACGAGAACUACAAAUAUGCAGAACGUGUAUGGGAACAUUUCGGGUUCAAAACUUUAGGAGAAUAUAGCGAUCGGUAUAUGAAAGUUGACGUGAUGCUACUGUGCGAUGUGUUUGAGAAUUUCAGGAAUUUAUCUAUGGACACGUAUGGCGUAGAUCUAAAUUACUAUUAUACGGCACCUGGCAUGGCGUUCGACUGUGCGCUAAAAAUUACGAAGGUGGAACUCGAACUGUUACCUGAUUACAACGAAGUUAUAAUGAUGGAAGCGGGCACCCGUAGUGGACUAACACAAGCUGUGAAACGGUAUACAAAACCAACAACAGUAAUGUUCCUGGCUAUGAUCCUUCGAAACCGGAAUCAACGGUUGCUUAUUUGGACGCAACGAAUCUGUAUUUAUUAUCGAUCAUAUUAUUAUUAUUAUUCAUUUCAUUUAAUUUAAUUAUUCUAGGUACGGUUGGGCUAUAGUGCAGUAUUCAUCAAAGAAUGGAUUUGAAUGGUAUGACAAGGACUUGAGUAUAGAAAUUAUUUUAAGAUUGCUAGAUGGAAUGGACGAUACUUCUCCGGUAGGGUUGAUUUUGGAUGUAGACAUAACAUAUCCAACAUCACUACACGAUGAUCAUAAUGAUUUGCCAUGGCUUCCUGAGAGAAUGGUACCACCGGGUUCCAAAAUAAAUAAACUUGUUGCGAAUUUAAACGAAAAAACAAAAUAA